CAAGCUUUUGUUCUUAGGUGAAUCAAACAUGGCUUUGAAGAAUGCUUUGAUUGCAUUCAUGGCUCCUCUCCCUUCAAUCAUCUUCUACAUCUACUUCCUAAACCACCACCAAACUCAUCAUCUUCUAUCCCCUCUCUGGAACUGGUGCUAUAACCACCCUUUGAUCUUAGCCAACACCCUCUUUUUCCUCAACAUCGAUGUCGGUUUCUGGCUCAUUAGCCUCCUCCAAUCCAGCAAUUGGAUGAUAGAUCUGUACUGGACGGUGAUUCCGGUGUUGUUGGUGCAUUACUUUGGGAGUCACCCUGACGCCGAAUACAACUUGUGGCGGUCAACGGUGGUGGUGGUUUUGACAUGGGUUUGGGCUAUCAGACUGACCCAUAACUAUUUUCGUCGGGAAAAAUGGCAAUGGGGUGCCAGAGAAGAUUGGAGGUUCACUGAUAUGGCUCAGCAACAUGGUCAAAACUGGUGGUGGGUUUCGUUCUUCGGUGUUUACCUCAUUCAACAGGUAUUUCUAUUUGGUGUAUGUCUACCCUUGUACAUCGUUCACUCGGUGAACAAGCCACUAAACAUAUGGGACGUAAUCGCAUUAGUUGUGUGCGUUUGUGGCAUCGUCUACGCCUAUUUCGCGGACACCCAACUUCACACAUUUGUGAGCAAGAAUGAGAAGUUAAAAGAGGAAGGAAAGGCUAUGGUGCCCAAUCUUGAUGAAGGCUUGUGGUACUAUUCUAGGCACCCAAACUAUUUUGGUGAGCAACUUUGGUGGUGGGGACUAGCCAUCUUUGGUUGGAACCUAGGUGGCCGUUGGGUCUUUGUGGGCGCACUCAUAAACACUUUAUGCUUGGCUUAUGUGACCACAUUGGUAGAGAAAAGGAUGCUCAAACAAGAGUAUAGGGUUGAUGCCUAUAAAAUGUACCAAGAGACAACUUCUGUUUGGGUACCAUGGUUCAAAUCAUCUCCAAAACUAUUGCCAAAAGAAAAGGAUAGUUGAGUUUCAAAUUUCUAAUGAUCUGAAUUUUCAACUUGUUGAUGUCAGAUGUUGUUCAUUUGUGCCUUUUUAAUUUGUGAAAAAUUGCUAAACAAUCAUUAAUGUGCAUUUUGUAUACCACUUUUUUCUUUCUGAAAUUUUGUAAUGCAAUGUUUAUAAGAUUUUGAUAUUA